UCCAGCCAUGACUUAUUCUCGCUUAUUGGCCAGGGUGCAAGCCAGCUGUCAGCUGCGCAGUGACCUCCUACGGCAAUGCCUCGCGGAGUUCCUGGGCGUCUUUAUUUUAAUUGUCAUCACCCUCAGCGCGGUUGCGCAAGUGGUCACCAGCGAAGGCAUCAAGGGUAACUAUCUUAGCUCCUCCUUGGCCAGCGGGAUCGCCGUGAUGGUAGCCGUCCACGUCUCAGGCGGCGUCUCAGGAGGACACCUGAACCCAGCCUUCUCGCUGUCCAUGUGCCUGCUGGCUCAGCUCCCCUGGUGGAAACUCCCCAUUUACCUGGCCAUCCAAAUCCUGGGGGCCUUUAUGGGAGCUGGCACCGUCUACACCCUUUAUUACGAUGCCAUCUACAGCUACAGCAACGGGACACUCAGGGUUACGGGGCCCCGUGAAACUGCCUCCAUCUUUGCCACCUACCCAGCCCCUUACCUGUCACUACGCAAUGGGUUUUUUGACCAGGUGCUGGGAACGGGGGUGCUGGUGCUGGGCAUCCUCGCCCUCCUUGAUGCCCGGAACAAGCGCAUCCCGCAGGGCUUAGAACCCUUCGGUGUCGGCCUUCUGGUGUCCACCCUCAGCUUAGCUAUGGGAGCCAACAGCGGCUGUGCCAUCAACCCGGCCCGGGACCUGGGGCCCCGGCUGUUCACCUACGUAGCUGGGUGGGGUCCCCAGGUGUUCAGUGCUGGAGAAAACUGGUGGUGGAUACCCGUUGUGGCCCCAAUGUUGGGGGCCACCAUCGGCACGGUGGUGUAUCAGCUCGGAGUGGAGUUCCAUCACCCGGCAGAUCAGAAGGAGCAGCAGCGCUCGGUUCCCGAAAAGCAUUGCCCGGGACACGAGAAAGACAUGGACCUUCCUGUCUACGCUGUGAACGUGUAUGCAGAGUCGUGGAUAGGUGCCAGUCCGGAUGCCCGCUCUGCCGGCGAACACCCAAAAUGAGACCUCUCCCCAGGACGCAAAGAGAGCCAUUAUUCUCCUUCGUUCCCUUUGAAUGGGUUGGGUGGAGCGGAUGUUACUAAGGUUGGGAUUGAAGGGGUGGGUUGUGUAUUAGUCAAGACCUGAAAAGGAUUGGGGGUGGGCAGUGGCAGAAACGGUUGUCUGAGAAAUGGGCCUGCGUUUUUAACACAUUUUAAUGCGUUUUUAACAUUUUUUUAGCACGUUUUUAACGCGGAUUUAAGACCCUCCUUCCGUCCUGUGCCGAGGGAAGGCUGAUUUUCGGCCCAGGCAGGGUCCUUUGGUGGUGGCCCCUUCUCUGCAUAUGAACCAGCUGGAAUUGUUUCGCUUGUCCCAGUCUUGGUAGGGUGAAGGGGCGACUGAGUAGGGAGACCCCAGCUCCUUUUCAAUUCUCCACCAAGCAUCUCCAAAUCGCACUUGGCAAAUGGCUACGACUGUUGUCACCUUUCAGGAAAAACGGGACUGAGAUAAACAGACCCGCCGUCCACCUCAGAGCAAAGCAAACAUUUUUGGUUCUCCGGGCCACCGUUUUUCAUUUUCUGCUUGAUUUUCUUCCAGCAGUGAACAGGGUGCAUUUGUGUUCGUUGGUGACCGCGCCACGGCCAGAUGGUUGCAAAUGGGCAAAAAAGUGGAAGAUUCUACACUUUUCCACUUUGCUUUCCAGAGGGAGCGUCAGAUCCGGGCAGAAUUUGGGCAGGAUUUUACAGGAAUUUUUUCCUCUCUACGUCGGAUCCCCACAGCCCACUCUGGCUUUUUAAAGGCAGGACAAACAGGAUAAGACAUCACCUCUUUUCCACGCAUUAGAAAUGACAGGAGUCUCUGCUAAGGUUCUUUGACUCUCUC